AAUGGAGUCUCUCUGCAUGAAAGAAUAAUUAAAAAAAAAACAUCACAAUCUCUUUCCAUUUCUGAGAGCUAAAAAACCUCUCUCUCUUUCUCUUUGAUUCGAGUUUCCAAAAAUGGAAGGUUUGUGUUUAAACUCUUUCACUCGUUUUUUACUCUUAUUGUUCGUUUUCUUGGUUUUUUCUCAUAAAUGGCAACGAGCCAACGCAAGCGAACCGGUUUUGGAGCUAGUAAAAGGCUUUGAAGCUAUACCGGACUCGUCCAUCGACUCGUUUCAGCCUCUCCUCACUGACCCAAACGGUAACUUUUCAUUCGGGUUCUUACGGGUAAACGGGUCACGACUCUCUCUCGCCGUAACCCACCCGAAUUUAACGGAUCCACUCUGGGUUUUCGACCCGAACCGUUCAGCUAGCUGGUCGCAUAAAACGACACUCUUCUUCAAUGGCAGCCUCGUAAUUACCGACCCUUCAUCGAGGUUAGAAUGGUCAACUCACACUAGCGGAGACCGACUAAUCCUCCGUAACGACUCAAAUCUCCAAGUGGUUAAAACGUCGUCGUUCGUCGAGUGGGAGAGUUUUGAUUUUCCCGGAAAUACCCUUGUCGAGAACCAGAAUUUCACAUCUGCCAUGGCUUUGGUUUCACCCAACGGUUUAUAUUCGAUGCGGUUAGGUAGCGAUUUCAUCGGUUUAUAUGCUAAAGUCAGCGAAGACUUUCAACAGUUUUACUGGAAACACAGUGCUCUUCAAGCUAAAGCCAAAGUCAAAGACGGAGCCGGUCCAAUUCUUGCUCGGAUUAACCCGAAUGGUUAUCUCGGUAUGUACCAAACCGGAAAUAUACCAAUCGAUGUUGAAGCGUUCAAUAGUUUUCAAAGACCGGUCAACGGUUUACUAAUUCUCCGAUUAGAAUCCGACGGGAAUCUCCGGGGAUAUCUUUGGGAUGGAUCUCACUGGGCAUUGAAUUACGAAGCAAUUCGAGAAACUUGUGAUCUACCAAAUCCGUGUGGUCCGUAUAGUCUCUGUACUCCUGGAUCGGGUUGUUCGUGUAUUGAUAACGGAACCGUGAUCGGAGAGUGUAAUCACGAGAAUUCAUCGCCGGCGGAUUUUUGUGGUAAGACGGCGGCGUUUAAAGUGGUGAGACGUGACGGCGUUGAAGUGCCGUUUAAGGAGCUAAUGGAACACAAAACGACGUCGUCGUUGGGAGAGUGUGAGGAGAUGUGUGUGGAUAACUGCAAGUGUUUCGGGGCGGUUUAUAAUAACGGGUCUGGGUUUUGUUAUUUGGUUAAUUACCCGAUUCGGACGAUGUUGGGUGUUGCGGAUCCGAGUAAAUUGGGGUAUUUUAAGGUACGUGAAGGUGUAGGGAAGAAGAAGAGUCGAGUAGGAUUAACGGUUGGGAUGUCUUUGCUAGCUGUGAUUGCGUUGGUCUUAAUGGUGGCGAUGGUUUAUGUUGGGUUUAGGAAUUGGAGUAGAGAGAAACGGGUACUAGAGGAAGAUAAUGGGCUAUCACCCGGCCCGUAUAAAAAUCUCGGGUCGGAUAGUUUUAAUUCCGUUGAAAUGAGUCGGAGAUGAUAGCUUUCUAGUUUUUUCUUUUCUCAUAAUAUUUUUACAAGAGGUAUGUAUUUUACACAUAGUAUAAAAUUAACUUCUUUUU